AUGGCACCGACCCCACAGUCCUUUGUAUCUGAAAUCGUGCGCUUCGUGCUGCCAGCUCGGCGCGUCGCCGACUUUGCGCGUCUUCGCGCCCAAAUCGCCAGCCACGGCGCUGUCCUGUCGCAGUACUACGGACCGACCAUGCCAGCCCGCAGCUCGCUGGCCGUCCGCGUGGACGAGAUGUGUUGGGUGAUAAACUGGCGCUCGCGACCGACCAAUCUUGCGACACAACUCGCCGCCCUCGGCGAUCCUGGCGCGACGUCCUUGCGUUUUGAGUUCAAGAGCAGCCAAGAGGCAGCCCUAGCCAGAGCCCUGGACGCGCCUCUGUGUCAAUUUGUAAGCAUUGCGAGCCAGGAACGGCCGAUACCGUCACUGACACUGCUGCAGGCCACAAUCAACGUCGUCGCCCAUGCACCGACCGGCAACCCCGACUUCCAGGCAUCCAUGCACAAGACCUAUACAGACUGUUUUCUUGCCGACGACGGCUUUGUUGGCGGGGAUUGGGCCUACGCGAGCAACGCCAACCGCACAAACGGGCAGCCGCUUUGCACAGAGGCCGCGUCGGAGCCGUCCAAGCAGAUUCCGCCCCUCGACCGUCGUCUAGCUGUCUACUUUCUCGGAUGGACCAGCCACGCUGCACACGACGCAUACAGUGCGACGCCCCUUUUUGCCGAGGAGAUUGACAAGCUGAAACCCUGGUUUGGACCAGGUACCGGGGCAUGGUAUGUCCAGUUUGCAAAGCACUGA